UCGAACUGCUCCUCGGGCAUGCUACUUAAGCCAAAGUAUGGCCGCUUUCGCAACGACUCUGUGACCUCCUCCGACGACCUGAUGCAGAGCUUAGCCAUGAGCGGCAAAGUGGUGGCCACGCCGGUCAUCCCUUCUGCUUCCCCUUCCCUGCCGCUGCCCCCCCUGCAGCCCCUGGGUCACCAGGCCAGCACCCCUGCUGCCCAGGCCUUGGCUGACUCCCCCUGCAUGGAUGGGGACCAGGAUGGGACCACCACCUUCUGCAUGCUGAUCCCCAAGAUGCCCCAGUGGAAGUUCUCCAAUUCUCUCCUUAGCCGGAGCCCUUCCAGCUCCAGUUCCAGCAAGGACUCCAGCAAAGCAGCCCCCCAGGGGCCAGUGGGGCCCAGCGGGGUGCCACUCAGUGGCCCUGUAGCCAGCCUGGCUGCCGUCCUGAACUCUUGUGACCCGGUGUGUGUCACCCCAUGUUCCCUGCAGGCGAUCGGCAGGCAGCGUGGCGCUACAAGCUCCACUGUAGCGGGUGCGGAGGCUUCAGGCAGCCCAGGGGGCUCCGGCGGAGCCGGACCCGGGAUGAGCCGCAGAACCAGGGUGGAGGGCAUGCGCCUGGGUGGCGAAGACUUCACCCCGAAGGGCAGCUUCAUCCACAAGCCCUCGCAAGGCUGGCUGCACGCAGACAAGAAGAUUUCCGGACCUGGGGCGUCUUACAUCGUCAGAUAUAUGGGCUGUAUCGAAGUGCUCAAGUCAAUGCGAUCCCUGGACUUCAACACUCGAACACAGGUGACAAGGGAAGCCAUCAACAAGCUAUAUGAGGCAGUACCUGGAGUAAAGGGUGCAUGGAAGAAAAAGGCCAAUAACAAAGCCCUUCAGUCCAUCAUGGGAAAAAGCAACCUCCGUUUUGCAGGGAUGAGUGUUGCUGUCAACAUCUCCAUCGAGGGACUCAGCCUACUGAUCCCCACCACAAGGCAGGUGAUCGCACACCACCCCAUGCAGUCCAUCUCCUUUGCUUCCGGAGGAGACACGGACACGCCGGAUUAUGUUGCCUACGUUGCCAAAGAUCCUGUCAAUCAGAGAGCCUGUCACAUCCUGGAAUGCUGCGACGGCCUGGCCCAGAGUGUCAUCAGCACCAUCGGACAAGCCUUUGAACUGCAGUUCAAGCAGUAUUUACACAGCCCGCCCAAAGCCAUCCCCGCACUAGACAGGAAUAUCAGGACAGACGAAUCAGCAUGGGGUGAUGAUGACGAUGCCACGGAGCACGACUAUUACAACAGCAUCCCUGGGAAGGAGCCCCCACUUGGUGGCGUGGUCGACUCCAGGCUGAGGCCUCCUGGGGCCCUAUUAGGCCACAUGCACACCCAGCCACAAAGCAAGUCAGGGUCUCCAUCAAGGAGAGAGACUUCCCACCCUCCAGGACAGCUGUGCUAUGAGGUCCACUGGGAUACAGAGGGCAGCAGCAGCGGCAGCUCAGGUAUGACCUCAGAUGGGUACCUACGUGCAGAUGGACAGCCUACAGGGAGCCGUGACUACGAGGAGCACCUGUAUGUUAACACUCAGAACUUGGAGGGUCUGGAGCUGGGGGCUGAUGGCGCCCGAGGGGGCCGUGGCCUGGAAAGCCCCAAGAAGGACAUAUUUGACAUGCGGCCUUUCGAGGAUGCUCUGAAGCUUCAUGAGGCGGGCGGCGUGUGCAUGCUGGAGGACCGGUGGCCCAGCCCGCCGCGUCGUCGUGCCCCCAUUGCCCCUACGGAGGAGCAGCUGCGCCGUGAGGCCUGGUACCAUGGCCGCAUGAGUCGGCGCGAUGCCGAGAGGCUGCUGGCACGUGACGGUGACUUCCUGGUGCGCGACAGUGCCACCAACCCAGGACAGUACGUCCUGACGGGCAUGCAUUGCGGGCUGCCCAAACACUUGCUGCUUGUGGACCCCGAGGGCGUGGUCCGCACAAAGGACAUGCUGUUUGACAGCAUCAGUCACCUGAUAAAUUAUCAUCUGAAAAAUGAGCUGCCCAUUGUAGCAGCAGAAAGCGAACUACACCUCAAGCAAGUAGUCUGCCGGAAACAGUGACCCCUCCCCAACUUCCUUUUAACUUUCUAAACCUUUAACAUGGAACAAGUAUGCCCCAGUAGGACCCUGAGCAGCCUAGGGUAUGAUGCCUUGGCCCAGCGCUGGACAUUAACUUGGAGCUCUUUCCAUGCUUCCGCCGAGCUCAUGUACAGAGGCACUCUGCUUGUGGGUGGGCCUGCACCCAGCAGGGUACCCGAUCCACUGAUUUCCACCAAGCCUUUCAGGUAACGCCGGCAGGGUGUUCUGCAUGUCGUUUGAUCCACAGAGAGAGAGGUGGACUGAUCAGGGGGAUCAGUCUCAGCCUCAGCAGGGAAGCAUCUGGGAAAGACUUGAUGCCUGAUGUGGGUUGUGCUGGGUGUGUGAUCUUAGCCUGUUUCAACUCUCAUAUCCUGUUGGGAAAGACAAGAAAAAUCAAGAUGACAGCCUGCUUUGAGACUGGCUUGUUCUUUUUUAAAACACCAAGAGGAUCUGGGCAGGUCUUCCACGUGUCCAAGAUCUUUCGGGGGGAUUACGGCUGCAGUGGAGUUACUUCAUGUGUGGGACAUGAUCUCCGUCAUAAUUAUAUUGAACUGAAACCACUGUUUGUUUCUGAUGUUCUUUGAAGUUCAGUGACGGUGUCUUUUCAUUACAGGUAUUACAGCUGCUUAGAAUGGGUAUUUUCGUCCUGUUUUGCCAAUAAACACAUUAUACUGAAGAGUACCCUUCCGCUGAGAAAAAUAAGCCAUGUGCUAUAAAUAGUUUUACGCUUAAAGAGGGUGUGUUUACUUUUACUGGCAUAAAAUGUACAGAUAAAGUUUCUUUCGGGUGUUAUCACGAAAAGCAAUGCUCCAAUUCCUAUUCUCUCCCCACACCUUGUUUUAUUAAAGUUUAUUAUAGACAGUUUAAAUUUUAUCUCAAGACCAAGGAUUGAAUCAUGCGGCGACUAUGAAGUCUCAUGUCGCCUUCGUAUCUAUGAGGAUUCUCUCCACGUUAAAAAGCAACUUGGAGGUUUCUGAUCCUCAUCAGUAUUGCACAAAUACGUUGCAAAUAUGCAGAUUUUGCAACACUGCACCUCACUUGUACCUACUACCCAUGACAGCCCCCCCCCCAACAGAGAGCAGAGGAAACUGUAUCCCCCACAACUGUGAACAUGUGUCAGGAAAAUGGAAAGAAGGGUGAUGGAAUGGAUUCUGACCAUCUCCUCUGAUAUAGUGCGAAUAGUGAGUCACCCGCUUCUUCUCAGUCUGCGUUCCGCCACUUUUGUAGGCUGGCGUAGCACACUUGGAGGAAGUAGCCGGACAUCUGAUUCUAGCUGAAGCCCCGAAGAUGCCACGCGACCUGUAGGUGCGGUUAUAAGAACAGGGAGGGGGAGGUGACACCCACAACCCCCCCAACCUUGAUUUCCACUGUAAAGAGUGUAGCAGCUUACUGAUGUGCCCCUGGGGAGACCCCUCAAAUCACUAUUCAUUCCUUCAUUUGUAAGGUGUUAUUUGUCUCAGUACACAGUCAGCAGAGUUGCUUCAUUUUCUUGAACAAUGGACAGAUGCAGAACCAUACUCUGUGCUCCUCUGUGUGAGCGUGUCCCCUUGUGGCCCGCUUCAUUUCCGUUACACAUUCCCUUCUGCAAGGUAAGACUGUGAAUACGGUAAAGUGCUGAAACCAGUUGCUCCUGCUGGUCUCCUUGCUAUCAGUCAGAAAGCUGAUUCCGUCAAAUUACCACCAUAUCAGUCCCCAAGAGCAAAGAGCAGUGCCUUAGUUGUCGAAUCGUCCACCUGUUUUGCUUUUCACUCCACCGAAAGGAAAACUGUUAAUGUCUCCGGUCACAAGUACAUUUAUUUAUUUAGCAGACGCUUUUCUCCAAAGCGACUUCCAGUGAACUCU